GAAUAGUCAUAUAUUUCUAAAAGAAAGAUGAAUGUUUUUGGAAGAAAGUUGAAUGUUUUUAAUUUCAUAAUGGGGCCGUUUUGUAAGAAUUUUAAACUUUUUGGGCCAAAAAUGAAAAAAAUGAAAUUUUUUGGGUCUUGAGAUAGCUCGCAGGGAUAGAUAGAGAGAAAGAGAGACUCCGCCGCCUCGUGAGUUAGGUUUCUUUGCCGAUCGACAUCGCCGACGCCAUCUCUCCGGCGUCACUGUUCAGGAAUUGGAAUGGCAGAAACCAUGAGUUUAAUAUCUCAAAAUGCUGCUCCCAAAGAACGACCGACCAAGAAGAUAAGGGUGGAACUCCAUGAGGGCAAAAAACAAACUCAAGAGAUUACAGUCGCUAACUCAGACGCCUCAGGUAAGCGGAAAAAGAAGAAACGUAGCAAAACCCUUGAACCCAAGGAGGUGGAGGAAAUGAAGAGGCUGGAGAACUCGUUGUUUGGCUCAUUACAUUCUCCUCUUGAAUACGGAAAGGCAGAUGGAGAAGAUUCUGAAGUGUUCAUUGUGGACCGGAUUGGAAACAAUUCGUUGACUGCUUAUGAGGAUGAUGAAACCCAAAUGGCAGAUGGGAGUGUUGAAGAUGAGGGGACUGAAGAACAGAAACCAGCAUGGAUAGACGAAGAAGAUGAGAAAAUUAGUAUAGACCUAACCGGUGUAAACAGAUUGAGGAAACUAAGGAAGGAAGAAGAGGAGACUGUGGUUUCUGGAUCAACAUACAUUGCCAGACUGAGGGCAGAAUAUCUUAAGUUAAAUCCGGGAACCGAUUGGGCCAGACCUGAUUACAAGAGAGGAAGCUUAAACUCUGAUGAUGAAGAUUCUGAUGGAGAAAAUGACGGGAUCGUCCUUCGCACGAACGAGGAGCUCGUUGUGAAAAGCAGCACAAAACUGUUACCGGGGAUUCUAGAACAUUCUAGAUUGGUCGAUGCGAACAAAAAAGAGUAUUCAAAUGGUCCCAUCAAUUCAGUUCAGUUCCACAAGAACAGGCAGCUGCUGCUUGUUGGCGGGUUAGAUAAAAGACUCCAAUUCUUUCAAGUUGAUGGAAAGGAGAACCCCAAAAUACAAACUGUUUAUAUCGAAGAUUGCCCAAUUAAAAAGGCGUCUUUUUCACCCGAUGGAUCUCAAGUCAUCAUAUCUGGCAGAAGAAGGUUCUUCUAUGCCCUUGACUUGGUCAAGACAACAGUCGAUAAAAUCGGACCUCUUGUUGGCAGAGAGGAAAAAAGCUUGGAAAGCUUCGAGGUAUCUCCCAACUCCGAGAUCGUCGCAUUUCUAGGCAACGAAGGGUAUAUUUUGUUAGUAUCCCUCAAAACUAAGGAACUGAUUGGAACCCUAAAGAUGAACGGGACUGUCCGUUCAAUAGCUUUCACCCAUGAUGGAGAACAACUGUUGAGCUCUGGUGGGGAUGGCCAGAUAUACCAUUGGGACUUGAGGAAAAGGGCUUGUUUCCAUAAAGGUGUAGACGAAGGCUGCAUAACCGGCACCUCUCUGUGUGUCUCCCCAAACGGGGCUCUAUUUGCAGCCGGUUCGGACUGUGGGAUUGUGAACUUGUACAACCGGUCAGACUUUUUGGGCGGGAAGAGGAAACCCGCGAAGAGAAUCGAGAACCUAACCACCCGAGUCGAUUGCAUGAAGUUCAACGUGGACGGUCAGAUUCUGGCCAUGUGUUCGAGCUUGAAGAAGAACAGCAUGAAGCUGGUGCACGUUUCCUCGGGCACGGUUUUCUCAAACUGGCCACCGCAGAACCAGAAGCUGGGCGAUCCGCGGUGCUUGGAUUUCAGUCCUCACAGUGGGUUCAUGGCCUUGGGGAAUGCCAAAGGUAGAGUUUUGCUAUAUAAAUUGCAUCACUAUCAUCAUGCAUAGUAGAUGUGAAAUUUUGUCAAGAAUGUGUUCCUCAUACUGUUUUGUUUUUUUAAAAAAGCCCUAUUUGUCACCAGAAGUUAUUUGUUUGCAAUAGAGCAUAUAAGCUCCAUGUUUGUACUCUAUUUUAGUGUCUUAUUUAUUAAUGCACUAAAGAUUUUGACUUUAUUAUAGCCCAGUUAUGUUGUUGACACUGGCUACCAAUGUCA